AUGAUGGCGCGCGCUAAGAAAAUGAGACAUGACGCGCCACUCGUGAAAGCUGCACGCUCUGGAGAUGCCGAGACCUGCAGACAGCUGCUGGAGGAGCAUGCAGAUGUAGAGGGAGUUCACCGGGCAAUCUGGGUGGGUGCAAACAAUGGACAUACCGAGGUCUGCAGGCUGCUUCUGGAAAAAGCAGACGCACCGCUCGUACUCAUUGAUGGUGCUAGGAAUGGGCACACAGAUGUCUGCAGGCUGCUCCUGCAGAAUGGAGCGUCCGUGGACACAGUGGAUUAUGAUGAUAGUACGGCGCUCAUUGUUGGUGCAAGCAGAGGGCACACCGAGGUCUGCAGGCUUCUGCUGGAGAAGGGAGCGCUGCUGCUGGAGAGAGGAGCAUCUGUGGAUGCAGUGGGGCAGGACGGAGGGACAGCGCUGUGGGAAGCUGCGAGCAGUGGGAACAUCGGAAUCUGCAGGCUGCUGCUGGAGAAAGGAGCAUCUGUGGAUGCAGUGGGACAGGACGGAAGAACAGCGCUGUGGGAAGCUGCGAGCAAAGGGUACAUCCGGAUCUGCAGGCUGCUGCUGGAGAAGGGAGCAUCUGUGAAGGUAGCGGAUGAAGACGGGCAGACACCAUUAGUGGCAGCUGCAGAAGAAGGCCAUCUUGACAUAUUUGAGUUGUUGAUGACCAGAGGUGCAGACACCAACUCUGUUCGCAUGGGCAUCGUCCCUGUUCUUUGGGACCAGCUUUGUCAGGCCAGGGAUGAGCUCCGGGAAUGGCGAGCGAUACCCUCACAAUUGCGAGAAACGAUGGUAGAAUUUGCAGAGGCAGGAACCAAAUAUCAGAGUGAAAAUCCUUGCAAACGGCCCCGCACCGCAGAAUCCUGA